AUGGAGAAGUUAAUUGAUUUAGAACUCAUUGAGUUGCACAAAACCAAUCUGCGAAGAACUAUGAAUGAGAUUCAAGAUCGCGCUUCUUCCGUUCUUUUACUUAAUCUGCAAUGGAAAGAAAUGGAGGAAGUUUUGGACUCCGUUCAAAGUUCAGUCGAAGAACGACUCAAAGAAGUGAUUUCAAAAGAAGGUGAGAUAAAAGAAGGUGCUAACAAGAUUGAAAGAAAGGAGAAAUUGGUUAAAGAGCAGUUUGAAACGCUUAAGGUUAAAGCGGAGGAAUUAGGGAGGCAGUUUAGGGAUUUAGAGGCGGGAAAGAAGUGUUACGAAGAAAGGCUAAGAGAAGUUGAGUUAGCGCAGAAGCAACUUGAAGAGAAACAACAGGAGUUUGUGUUAAAGCAAAAGGUUUUUUGCAUGCGUUGUAUGGAUUUUGAGUUAGAGAAGAAGGAAGUUGAACGACAUCGUAAAUAUCUUGAAUUAAGCGUAAAACGAAGUGAGGAGCAACGUGAAGAGGUUAAGUUGAUGAAGGAACUGGUAAAAGAUAUGUUGGAGGAAGUUAGGUUGAAAGAGAAAGAUUUGGAGAAGUGCUUGAGUGAGUAUGAGUUGAAAGAAGAGCAAUUUAGGUUGAAAGAGAAGAGUUUUGAGCAGCGGUGCAUGGACUUCGAGUUGCAAGAAAAGGCUAUGGAAGAACGUCGCAGAGUCUCCCUUACCGAUAGUGAAACUGAAACUGAAGAUGCUGUUGGUCCUACAGUCAAAGCUGGAGAGUCUAAAGGGAAGGAAGAGGAACCUGUUAGUAAGACUGAUAAAGUGUCUCCGGUUAUUAGUCAUUCAGAAUCAGGUGCAGGUAUGAUCCUCUCUUCUGAGGUGCUUGAAUAUCCAGACCCAGAGUUUAGUGAUUUUGAGAAGCAGAGGGCAGAGAACUGUUUUGCUGUUAAUCAAGUAUGGGCUAUAUAUGAUUCAUCGGAUAGCAUGCCAAGAUUUUAUGCAUGGAUCAAGAAAGUAUUCAAUCCUGGCUUCAAGUUACGAAUUACUUGGCUCGAGCCUGACCCGGACGAGGAAAAUGAGCAGAAUUGGGUUGAUCAGAAUCUGCCUGUUUCUUGUGGUAAGUACUGCAGUGGAUCAACAGUGGUAUGUGUAGAACGUCUAGUGUUCUCUCAUCGGAUUGAUCCCUUAGAAUCUUUUGGUAAAUACUGUUGCUUGGUGUACCCUAAAAAGGGGGAAGUUUGGGCUCUCUUCAAAGAUUGGGAUAUUAAAUGGGCUUCUGAGCCAGAAAACCAUCAACCCGCAUACCGGUAUGAUAUUGUGGAGGUUCUCACUCAUUUUGGCAAGGAAGUGGGCAUUUGGGUCUCUCAUUUGGACAAAGUGAAAGGGUUUGUUAGUAUUUUCAAACAAACUGCACGAUAUGGGGUUUAUUUUUAUAUGUCAUCACGGGAGCUAUAUAGGUUUUCUCAUCAAAUUCCAUCAGCUAAAAUGACUGGUAAUGAGAGAGAAGGUGUUCCUGUGGGAUCAUUUGAGUUGGAUCCUGCUUCUCUUCCUACCAACUUUUAUGAGUUGCUUGAUCCUGCUGCAGACAUUCAUGAUGGAAACCUCAAUCAGACCAAAGGAAGUUCUACUUCAGUUGAUGCAGUUGAGGAGAUGAACACCCCAAAGUUCUACUUCAGUUAG